GUUCGUACAAAAAGUUUUCUUUUCGUUUUAAUUUUUCCUCUUGUAAUUUCGAAAAAUUCCCCAGAUCCAAUUACAAGAUCCUCAAACCUCCUGAUUUCAUCUUAAAGCUGAAGAAUUAAAAAUCUGAAAACUAAAAAUUCGAGAGAGAUUCUCUUUGUUACCUUUGUUUUGAUUGGUCUCUCUCUCUGUUGUUUCUUUUUCUUUGAUCUGUGGUUUGUAAUUUGAGGAUUUUUCACUCCCAAGCAUCGAUCUAUCUGCUGAUUUGCUUCAAACUUCGAGAUUCCGCGAAAUUAGGGUUUUGUUUCAUAAUUUAGUGAUUUUGUGUGUUUGUAAUUGCGAGAUGAACGAUCAAUCUAAGCUCAUGAAUCCACCACCACAGAUGAUAGCUCAACCUCCGCCGCAGAGGAUGAAUCCACCUCAGCUAAUGAAUCCGGUUCAGCCUCGUAUUAUGAACCAGGCUCCGUUUAAUAACAACCAGUCCCAAAACUUAAACCAUCUGGUUAUGAACCAGCAGCAGCCACAGGUUAUGAUGAACAACAACAACCACCAGCAUCUCAUGAUGAAUCCCCGGAACUUUAACCCUAACCCUAGCAUGAGCUCGGAGUAUCCUAACAACUUCGGAUCUAACCAUUCCAAAGCGAACCGGAGCAACAACAACAACUGGAAAGGGAAGAAGAUCACAACCGAUAAGAGACAACCACCACCGCCGAUGAUGAGGAUGUACAACCCUCCGCAACAACCUGGCGGUUACAAGCCACCGGCGCUCAACGAGCUUCAAUCUCAGAACAGAUUGAAAACGAAGAAGUUUUACCCGAAGAAGAAGUACGGCGGUAACAACAACAAUAACCGGUACGUCCCUUACGCGCCGAGGAACACGACGUCGUUUAUCAUCCGCGCCAAGAAAUCCGGCGGGAUCGCCGAGCUUGUGUCUCCCUGCGCCGUGACGCCGGCGAUACUUCCGACGCCGAUGUUUUCUCCGUCGAGGGAGGUGCUGGGGGAUAUGGCGAAGGAGGAGUGGGGAGUCGACGGUUACGGAUCGAUGAAGGGGCUGAUUAGGCUGAGAUCUGACGGACAUGAUGAUGACGAUGGUGAGGAUGAUGAGGAUGAAGGUGGAUCGAGCGGGAGUGACGUGGAGGAGCAUGUUGAGGUUGAGAGGAGGUUGGAUCAUGAUCUGAGUAGGUUUGAGAUGAUUUAUCCUGGAUCUGAGUAUAACAAUGUGUUGGAGAAUCGAGUUGAUGAUCAGGAUAGUCAUAUCGCUCAGCUUGAGGAGGAGAACUUGACGUUGAAGGAGAGGUUGUUUUUGAUGGAGAGGGAGUUGGGUGACUUGAGGAGGAGGUUGCAGUAUCUUGAGAGGAGGAACAUGGUUGAAGAAGUUGUGGGGAAUGAGUCUGAUGAAGACGACACUGGGGGGUCUGAUUCGCGUACUAGUGGUGACGGGAAGGGGAACCAUGUGGUUGGAGGAGAUAGUUGUAUGCAGGAUGUUGCGGUGAAAGACCAAGGUGAGAAGAAGUUUAGAGAAGUUUCAGGUGAAGAAGAGUGUGAGGAAGGCAAUAGGGUUAUGGCUGGUAUGGAUCAGAGUAAGGAAAGUGAAAUGGUGAUGGAGAAGCUUGAAGAUGCAUCUGAGAAUGAUUCUGUUGGAGAGCAAGGAACAGCCAUAUGAUUAUGAUGCUUGCAAGGGAACUUAUGAUGAUACCAUUUUCCCUUUUGUUAGUGAUGGAUCUCUGCAGCUCUAUGAUGUUAUUAUGUUCAAAAUGUGCUUGUCUUAGUAGGCGUAGUCUAGUUCUCUCGUGGGUUUUAAUAUCAGAGAGUCAGGAGAGUUGCUUUCCCGGUGAAGUUUGUGUGAAAGUAGUCAUGGUAAGCUUUUCUCUUCUGGUUCGGAUCGCUUUUACCUUUUAUGACCUGGUUGGUUGGCCUUGUUAAGCUCCCCGGUUAAUAAGAUUGUAGUGAAAGAAAGGAUUAUUGUAGUGAAAGAACUUAAAGGAUGAUAGAGUCUUAAGUUUUUUCUUUUAAUGCA